ACCGUGCCUUUCUCAACACGGCGUUUCAGUCUUCAAAUGUGAAACCGCCCCCGUCUUCCUUUUCUCCACUCCAUUUCCGUCUCCUCAUGCCGCCACCAUCGCAGCUGCCCACCGCCGCCAUAAAACCCCUGGGCUUCUCUGCCUGCCGCAAAACCUUAAUCUGCGCCGCCCGAUGGUUCGCGCGUACACCCAGGAGCACGUGUACCACCACCAGUGGGACCGCGUGACGACGGCUGCGUGGCGCAAAUUUACGGAUCCCGAUACCCCUGCCGUACUCUCCCACAUCGUCGACGUCCACACGCUCGACCGCCGCCUCGACCCCGACUCCGGUAGCCUCCAGGCCGUUCGCUCCAUCACCGUCCGAUCGCCGCCGCUACCGUUCCUCCUCCGCCGGAUCCUCGGCCAAGACGCCGUCGUAUGCCACUGCGUGGAGUCCACGGUGGUCGAUGCGCGCGGGCGGUCCAUGGAGAUCGUGGUCCGCAACGCUAGCCUUCGUGGCCUGCUCGAGGUGGAGGAGCGGUCCACCUACCGGCCCCACCCUGAUCGGCCGGAGGGGUGGACCGCCUUCCGUCAGGAGACCAGCAUCCGGUGCAAGCCCUUCUCGGCUCUCGCCGCCGUCGCCGAGAAGGUGGAGCAGCGCUGCGCCGAGAGGUUCCAGCAGAACAGCGUCAAGGGGAGGGAGGUCGUCGAGAGGAUCUGCAACUAUCUAGAGGCCGAGACCGCCUCCGCCGCCGCCGCCAUUUCUUGCUGAUCUCCGAUCUAUAAGAGCCAAACACAAGAUGUAAAGAACGCUCUAGAAAUUGCUGUCAGCAAUUCCAUGGUGUUCGACGGAAUCUGAGGUGUUGUUCUCUUUGGUACCAUGAAUCUGUAUUGAUCAUAAAACUCUA